UGACACAAGUGCAUCAUGGGAAAACCCAGAGCUGUUGGCCCCUGCUUGUGCCUCACCAUGGGGACACGACAAGUUCUUCUCAUUUUUCUUGGACAUUUUUUCACCGCUCAGUCUCUCCGGAGACUCGAAGAUGCCAUGUUCCCCCAGGAGUUAGGAGGAUUUUUUGACCAUAAUUGGCUUUUUCCCUUUGAUGGAGACUUUGACCUCCCGCCGCUGGACACCGUCUUCAGGUCCUGGCGAAGCCGGAGCCCUGGACUCCACAUGUUUGGUGAAAUCCCUCCCRUCACAAAUGUUCCAAGAGUUCAGGUGUUCUGUGACGAAACGAAACUAAACGUUGCAGUGGAGAAGAAAGCCUUUGGCCUGAUGCUGACUCAGGAAGAAAUACAGCUGGGUGAUGGUUGCAUUAGCAACAAAGAGCUCCCUAACCAGUUUGUCUUUAUUUAUGACUUGGAUCAGUGUGGGACUACAGCAGUGUUGCAAAAUGGUUGGAAGGUGUUCACCAACUCUCUCCACCUGAAUCCUAAGACACMUCCCACUUGGUGGCAAACUCCUCCCACAGUUCACAUCUCCUGCAUCCCAAAGAGGUCGUACAUGGAUUCAAGCGUUAUCCCUCAAUCUGUGAAUGCAAACCUUUUUGACAUCCGAGCCAUGAAUCCUUCCUGGACCACCACAGCAGAGUCCAACCUCUAUAAAAGGGGCCAGCUAGUUGAUCUCCAGGUUUCUGCCAAAACGAGACCAAAUCAACAGCUUUUCAUCCACUCGUGUUUUGUCUCUGAAUCCCCUGAACCUCAAACUAAACCCAAACAUGCAGUGAUACUUAACAAAGGGUGUGCAUCCUCCCUGGGUUCUCCAUAUACUGUUGCUCAGUUUGCUGCUACCAACCGUGCAGAUGUGGUUAAUUUCAGGCUGAAUACGUCACAUCUCUUUUCUGAGUUCUAUGUYCACUGCAGUGUGGUCACCUUGGAUCAGAGGCUCACGUCUACCUCAAAGUCAUGCAACUAUAACGUUAAUAAAUCAAGAUGGGAGGAACUAAGUGGUGCAGACGUCUGUGGCUGCUGUAGCUCRAAGUGUAAAGGCUCAUCUAAGAACACAUCUCAUGAUGCCAAAUCUGUGGUCRGUAUUGGGCCCUUGAUAGUUGUGGAUGAUGAUCGGGAGUUGGGCCCCGCGCUUCCAGAAUCUARACCACAAACUUUCAGCUCUUUACCCACCACUGUGAUGUCUGACACUCCUAGUCCUGCUGAAGACGUGGUUGUUUCUGCUUCCACUGUGUCUCAAAGCAUGCUGGAGUCGACACCGCAGGGUGUAGUAAUGGUGAGGCAGGACCCAACCUCCAGGCUAACACUCUGGCUACCUGGACAGGUGCAGGCUGAACACGGCAACAUGUAUCCAUUUGAAGAUGGCUUGUUGCCGCAAUCGCAGCCAGGUGAGCAUCCUGAGCAGCAGCUUUCUGCCACGGAGGAAACUCUUCUGAGUUCACCCACAAAUGAGGUUUCUGGUCUAACAAAAGUCAAAGGUGACCCUCUGCUGUGGGAUAUGGAACUUGUUGCGCUAACUGAUGGCUGGCCAGUUGCUUCACAAGACAAUGAAGUCAUUGCUGAUUUCCCACGGACCAGGUUUGGAAGAUCUGGGAACCUUGCUACCCAGGCUGACUCACCGCUCCCAACUGAGAUCRACGUCGGCCUCGUGUUUGACGAGUCAAAACAAACUUCACCAGACAGUGAGGACUCCGAAACUCAAACAAAACUGCCACCAGCCGACGGGACUGACACUGCCAUGGGAGACGGGUUUUCCCAAAUUCAAACGGACACAGAGCCUGAAGUAGACGUUCAGCCGAUCGUUCGUACAAAACUGGAGUUCAUGAAGGGUGCAGACGGGUCAACGAGGCUGAGUUAUGAGGAAGAAGUGAAGCAAAAGGUGGAGAAACGUCCACAAGGAAAACAAGAGGCAAGAUUGAAGGGUCUGCGCUCAACUUUUCUCAAUUUGUUGCGGAGUAUGGAUAAGGCAGAAUAAUGCAGUCCAGAAGAAUAUUUAAAUAAAAAUGCUAAAUAUUGCUUCUGUACACUUGUUUUUUUUUUUUUUUUUUUUUGUU